AUGGAAGAGCGGAAAGAAGUUUGUGAGGCAUGUGAAGCUAAGCUAGAGCAUAUUCAAGCACUGCAAGAAGCUCUAGGAGAAAUUGUUGAUCAAAAUGAAGCUUUUAGGCUUAGAGUGGUUGAAUUAGAAGCAUGGGUCAAUAAGGCAAAUGAUAAGCUGGAUAGAAGAGAAAAAAGGAUCAGUUCUUUAAAUGAAGAAAUUAAAGAAGCUGCAGAAAAAAUAAUUGGCACUAAUAAUCAAGAUGCAAAUCACGAUUCUAAACGAUCAAAUUAA